AUCCCGUCUUCCCCAUCCCAGCAACCCCCCACGAGGGAAACCAUGGCGCGGUACUCCCCACCGCUGCUGCGCCGCUUCUUCAGCUGCGCCGCCAGCUCCGCCUCACCGGGCGGAGGCAGCGGCGCCGGGAAGAAAAACCUUGUAUUCUUGGGCUCGCCCCAGGUGGCCGCCUCGGUCCUGGACACGCUGCUGGCCGCGUCGGGCUCCCCGGAGUCCGGGUUCCAGGUAGCCGCCGUCGUGACGCAGCCGCCGGCCGCCAAGAACAGGGGGAGGAAGCUGAUGCCGUCGGCCGUCGCGCAGCUUGCGCUCGACCGCGGGUUCCCGGAGGAACUCAUCUUCACGCCAGAGCGGGCCCGGGAGGAGUCCUUUCUGUCGGACUUGAAGGAAGUGAAACCGGAUGUUUGCAUAACUGCUGCGUACGGGAACAUUCUUCCCCAGAAAUUUCUUGAUAUCCCACCAUGCGGUACAGUGAAUAUACACCCAAGUUUGUUGCCUCUAUAUCGUGGUGCAGCUCCUGUGCAGAGGGCAUUGCAGGAUGGUGUUGAAGAAACAGGUGUUUCCCUUGCAUAUACUGUUCGCGCAUUGGAUGCAGGUCCAGUGAUUGCGUGUGAAAGGUUUUCUGUUGAUGAGUGCAUUAAGGCACCAGAGCUACUUGCUAUAUUGUUUGAUAUAGGAUCCAAGCUAUUGAUUAAUGAACUACCAUCCAUUCUUGAUGGUUCGGCUAAAGAAACGGCACAACCACAGGAUGACUCCAAAGCUACGUUGGCACCCAAGUUAAAUUCUGAGGAGUCAUGGUUAUCAUUUGACCAAGAAGCUAAAGAGCUCCAUAACAAGGUGCGGGCAUUUUCAGGGUGGCCUGGAACUCGUGCAAAGCUACAACUCAUAAAUCAAAAUGGUGAACCCGAUAUGCUAGAGAUUAAGGUUAUCAGUACAAAGGUUUUGGCAUCAUGUGACAAGGUCGGAGAUGAAAACGAGAUACUAUUCUCCGGGAGUUCCUUGCUGAUUCCUUGCAGUGGAUCAACCUGGCUCGAGGUGUUGGAACUUCAACUCCCUGGAAAGAAAGUAACAACGGCUCGGGACUUUUGGAAUGGUUUGCGUGGUCAGAAGCUGUUGAAAUCACCAUAGAGUGGAUAUCUGCAUUCGCAUGGCGAUGCCUGGAUGCUAUCAUAUGCGCAAAGAGGUAUAUUCCAUGCUUGCCCCCCUAAAAUUUUGCAGGGGCAUUGACGUCAUCCUAGCUGCACCCACAUUCCCACAAGGUGUUGUUAUGAUUGAGAAAUGACUUGAGGUCUCAAUUUAAUGCUACUUUUGUUUUAUUUUGCUUGAUAACUUGAGAGGAAGGAUGUGAACAAAUACCAUCUCAUGAAUUUUGGACAAGAACACAAAAAGAAAAAAUAUUAUUGUCUCCGUAAGUGCUGAGGCAAUAAUUUAUCUUUA